GCUGCCGCCAUGCUCCGCCCGCUGCUGCUGCUCGCCGGCUGUCUGGCGCCGAUCGUCGCCUUCCCGAACGGCGCGCCGACAGAGGCCUGUCUGCGCGGCAUGGUGCCGAACCAUGGCGGACAGCGCACUCAGGACCUGCGCUCCAUGCCGUUCAGCGUCACCCGACAGUCGUACCAGGGCGGUGUCAGAGUGACCAUCAAGGCGCCGGGCAAGAACUACUUCAAGGGCUUCAUGGUGCAGGCGCGCGAUCCGUCUACGGGUAAGGCUGCCACGGGGCAGGGGAGCUGGCAGCCAGUCGACAACGUCAACCUGAUGAACGAGUGCGCCGCGCUCACCCACGCCGACCGCAGCGAGAAGGAAAGCGUCUCCGUUACCUGGACCGGACGCCAAGACGUCACCAUGCAUGCGACGGUGCUGCAGGCGUACAACCGGUUCUGGGCGGACGUGCCGGUGCUGGACGCUGGUGGCGGCGGGCAGACUGCAGCAGCUUCGCCGCUGCAGCAGAGCUUCGCAGCCCUCCAGCCGGGCGUGGUGACCAACCGACCCGCCAAUUCCCCACAGUUCGGUCCCGUCGUGGAUCAGAGCCGUUUCGAUCCGCAGCGUUACUUCCUGCAGUAGGACGUCGGGUAAUAAAGGCCAGUAGUGACCAGGCAGAAGCAAAUUUCGCCCAGAUGUGGCGAGAAGGUUGAGGUGUAAAAUGUCAAGACGGUGUUCGUUCGGCCUCUGCUAAACGUGCAUGCAUUAGUGUCAAACUAGUUAUCUACUGUUUUUGCAAGCUGCUGUUGUGAUAAUAUUGGGAAGUGGAUAUCGAUCUGAAUAUGUUGAAGUUGAAUAAAGCGGGACUUUACGUUAAA